AUGACAACCACAAACACGCAAGAUUCUACCAAUGGUGACGAAAAAGUCGACAACUUGGUUGAUGUCGAACAGCAACAAAAAACUGGCACUUUGUUAGUCGAGACUCCAAAGACUCUCGGUGCAGGAUCUGCCCUAGCUCUUGGUGCGUUUGGCACUACUCUCACCACUCUCUCGCUGAGUCUGAUGGAAUGGAGAGGCGUCACCACGGAGAAUGUCUUCGUUGCGAAUUUUUUCUUCAUCGCGGCCUUCGGUCUGGUUAUCACGGCGCAAUGGGAAUUGUCCAUCGGAAAUGGAUUCGCCUAUACGGUUUUCAGUGCUUUUGGUCUUUUCUACGCUGGUUUUGGUGCGAUCCUGACCCCUGCUUUUGGUGUCGCGCAGGCAUAUGGUAGCACCAGUUCCCCCGAGUAUAAUAAUGCGGUUGGAUUUUUUAUGAUAUUAUGGACGGUCUUUGUCUUUACUUUCUUGAUUGCGUCGCUUCCGAGCAAUGUGGCGUAUAUUUUGGUCUUUCUCUUUGUUGAUCUAGGUUUCCUUACUGUUGCGGCGAGCUACUUUGCAAUGGCUGAUGGAAAUGCCACUGCAUCGGUGGCUUUGAAGAAGUCUGGUGGAGUUUUUUGCUUCUUGGCUGGAUUGAUUGGGUGGUAUAUUGUUUUCCAUCUGAUGCUGCUAGAGUCUCUUGUGGAUCUACCUCUUGGUGAUACUUCGCGGCUUUUUGGAAAGAAGAAGAGGCAAUAA